AUGAUUAUGGCUGAGGUGUGCCAAGCAUUUUUUAACGGCGUGUUUUCUGGUGAUUAUUUAGUUCAUAUAAAUAAAAGUAUUCGCUUUUUUAUGAUGAUUAUUAUCUGGCUGAUUUGUUCAUUGUUAUGCAGUCAACAAAUCUUCUGCGACGAACAGAGGGGUGAGAAAGAAGGUUAUUAUGCAUUCGAAGAGGCCCCGUCACGUUUCAUGAGGCCUCCCCAAGUACGAAAGCCUCCUUACAUGAUAUCAAGUGGCCCUUGCCCUACGGGAGAAGGCCCGCAUAGCAAGAAACCGUCACCGAAAUAUACACUGUGUGGUGAUCUCAACAAAGGAUUCAUUCCGCAAAAUCCUUUAGGCCAAGAUUUUAAUGGCGAACCUUAUCCGUUUGAGUUGAUUAAAAACAAGACUCUGCACUUCUUAUCGAAAGCUUUACCUUUCUUGAAGAAAGAUCCAAAGAUUCCAAAAGUGGCAAAAAUUAGCUCAAGCAAACAUCCACAACCCACAAGCUUGCUGAACGGGCAUGACUACAGAAGACAGAGUAUCGGAUAUAGAAUCCGAAGAGAUGCGGAACUGGAAAAGCAAGCGGCCAAUUUACCUCCUGAUUCGAUGAAUGAUAUCGCCGAUGUGGUAGACAAUGAAACAACGGCCAGGCAAACAUGCGACCAAGGCGGAGCAGCUGGUUUACUAUGUUCCCUUUCUUCCGUCAUGUCCAACAACAAGAUCCCUUUGGCACUGAUGAAUGCAGUAGCCCAAGGUUUAGCUGCCUCGAUGAGUUCUUCCGCACCAUCAUACCAAGAAGCAACGACACCUGCUCCAGAGCAGUAUUACUCUUCAGAUCAUUCUGACAGCACCAGCACUGGAGCAAGUCCUACUAUGACAGAAGCUGUUCUCAACCUUUUGGGAACCCUAGCAAAUAUGGGACUAGCAGCUCAUGGUCCAGGGUCUGUCAAGGAUUCUUCCACAAAUAAUGAAGAACCUUCCACUCUGGCACAUGUAUUGUCAGUACUAACUGGCGCCACUCCAGGCAGCAGCAGCGCGCUCUCCCUUGUACUGAAGCUAAUGGCAAGUGAAGCAUCCCCUCUAAAAGCACUGACUGGUGGAUUUCCAGCAAGAAGACGGAGGCCCGUUGGCGAAGAAAUUGCGGCAGAAUCCAAUGUUCGAAGGCCACAAGAUAAUGAUUUCGAUUUGCCGCCAACCCCUUGUCCAUCAUCAGAAGAAUACGUGACACCCACCUUUGCCAGGAAUUACCAAGGAGUUUGGAAAUACGUUGUGCAAAUACCACAAGAAGGAUAUUUUACCCAGACAGUUCAGCAGACUAAAUGCAUGAGAGGCCGUUGCGACUUCAUGGAUGGCAUUUGCCAUGAAUCUCCAAGGUGGGUCAGCCUUUUGGUAGCCGAGACAUAUUACCCUGACACUUUCUUUCCAACGACUUCAACGCCCAUUCCGCCGCCACCACCUGUGGAAGACUUUUACAACUUCCAACAAUAUCUGAAGCGGAGAGUUGGAGAAGUUGAUGAGGAAGACACCACGUACAGGGCACGGCCCGUCUACAAAGACAAGAAAACGAAAACACACCAACAUUGUGAUGGCGUAGAUCAUGUUGGAUGUUAUGUUGUUCGGUUAUAUUAUGAUUGGUUCCUGGUUAAUGGAUCUUGUAAAUGUUGGAAGCCAUCACCAAAAAGGAUUUUUUCAGGAAAGUAA